AGCGGCUUGUAACGUUUGUUAUCCGAAUGGGAGGAGAUGGGCCGGAAAAAAUAAAGAUGGGUAACGCAGAGAACAUAAUGGGCCCUGGACUGGAGGAUAUUGGGCCUGAAAGCAUGUUGACGGAACAAUAAAGAGAGGACCUCUUCUCUCCUCCGACUCCGAUCGGCCGCCGCCCCUGCUGCUUCUGCGUCGAUCUCACCCCAGGACCCAGGCUACGGGACGCGAGCACAGACGCCCGCCGCCUGUUCGACGGAAUGCCUCCGGCGAGAAGAGGGAAAAGGGGCAAGAAAGCGCCGAUGGAGAGCGCAGAAAGCAGCAUAGACGACUUGCCGGACGGCGUCCUCCAGCACAUCCUGGGGUUCCUGCCGGCGUGGGAUGCCGUGCAGACGUGCGUGCUCGCCCGGCGCUGGCGCGACCUCUGGAUGUUCGCGACAGGCCUGCGCAUCAUCGGUAAUGACGACAACAAUCUAGAGGGGCUCCGGGAGUUUGUGGACCAUCUUCUUCUUACCCGCGGAAUCGCGCCUCUAGAAACAUGCGAGCUCUGGUUCGACGGUAUCGCCGAUGAAUUCUCUGACGGCUACGUUAUCCGUGUGAACCUCUGGUUCCGGCAUGCUAUUCGGUGCCAGGUUCGGGUGCUCCGGUUGCUUUUCACACAGCAAAGCCAACACUUUGAUCUACAUGUCCUGCAUCUCAUCUCCCAACACUUAAUUGAGCUAGAGCUUGCGGGUGUUCAGGUGAAGGAAAGUUUCCUUAACUUAUCAGGGUGUCCAGCACUGGAACAACUAGCGGCUGAUGACUGUGACCUGUCUCUUGUCAAGAGGAUCUUAUCUAAGUCUCUGAAACGCCUUAGCAUCACCGCUUGUGUAUUCAGUGAAAGCUUUCGCACUCAUAUUCACACCCCCUCUCUGGUUUCGCUGCUGUUAGAUGACAAUUGGUAUAACACUCCAGUGCUUGAUAGCAUGCCAUCAUUAGUGGAUGCUUCUAUCAGAGUUGUUGACAAGAGUGUGGACAGCUGUAAGGAUUGUGACUCAGGGUAUUGUAACAGCUGCAAUGGCAUCAUAGAUGGUAACAGGCACUGCAUUCUUCUGGAAGGUUUAUCAAAAGCCAAGAACUUGGCAUUGGUAGCUGAAUCCAAAACGCUUAUUUUCAGAAUGGAUUUGAAACGGUGUCCUACCUUUAGCAAAUUGAAGACAUUGUUACUCAGUGAUUAUUGGUGUGUGGCUCUUGAUUUGGAUGCAAUAACAUGCAUUCUCAAGAACUCACCACUUCUAGAGAAGCUUACUCUUGAACUUUGUUUGAAGGGAUCUGAUCAUAAAAUGGAAAUGAAAGGAAACUACAUUUCAGUACAGGAAACAACUGCGAUAUCUGAACACCUUAAGAUAAUAGUGGUGAAGUGUGAUGUGGUUGAUGAGAAAGUUUACAAAGUUUUGAAGCUCCUGUCUACAUUCAACAUUCGUAAGCUAACUAGCAGCACUAUCUCAGUAUUUCUAAAGUUUUCCUCCGCGUUCAUAAGCAUCUCGGGAGUUGGGACAAGUUUAAGAACCGCUGUUGUAUUUUCCUCUUGAAUUAAAUUGCAUGAAAAGUAUGAUUGGAUGUUGACUUGCUGAUUAGUUCUGUACAGCAUCACAUAUUUCUGUAUUUAGCAAUGGUACAGUAUGGUUACAUUUGAUUAUGCAUUCAGUCACUCCCUUCAGUUAUAUAUUUAGUUAUAUUGGAAUAGUUAUUUGAAGUUAUAUGUAUCUUUGGAAACCAUUAGUGCCGAUCAUAAUUUGCUUUCAUUUUGUAUUAUGACUUUUUUUUGUUACCUAUUGUUGUCACAGCUUCAAAGGUUUAGAAACAUGUACUCUGACAAGCUAAAUAUUGACUUCCUUUGUCAAGAAAAUUAGAACUUUUUUUCUGCGCUCAA